UGGAGGCGGGCUUUAACUGCAGCCGCCUUUUCGUUGCUACGAGACUUCAAUCAGGUCGUCUUUGUGCAGAUAUAUGCGUGCUAUUAGGUAGCUGCAGUUCAUAAUUUCUCACGAAGAAUUUGUAUCCUCUUUGUUGAAAAAAUGAGUGGUCGAGGAAAAGGCGGGAAAGGUCUCGGGAAAGGAGGCGCCAAGCGUCAUCGCAAAGUUCUCCGUGACAACAUCCAAGGUAUUACUAAGCCAGCGAUUCGUCGUUUGGCUCGCCGUGGUGGAGUCAAGCGUAUCUCAGGUCUCAUCUACGAAGAGACCCGAGGAGUGCUUAAGGUGUUUCUGGAGAACGUCAUUCGUGAUGCCGUCACCUACACUGAGCACGCCAAGAGGAAGACCGUCACCGCUAUGGAUGUGGUUUACGCUCUGAAGCGUCAGGGUCGCACUCUGUACGGCUUCGGUGGGUAAAUCUGUCUCAUUUGGAAAUCCGUUUUGCAUCUGCCCAAAGGCUCUUUUAAGAGCCGCCCAUAUUUUCUAUUAAAAGCAGCUAUUCCUCGUUAAUGUCAGAGGUAGUCUUGGUAUAAAUGUCUGUUCCUAAAUGUGAAUGUAACUUGCUGCGAGGAAAAU